ACAAUAAUUGCGCGGCAAACGAGCGACGGUGGUGCGGAAAUCAGACACGCUCUAUCGCCUCUAUCGCCGAACACGACAUGACAAAUUAUAAUAAUAAUAAUAAUAAUAAUAAUAAUAAUAAUAUUAAUAAUACAUGUAUUUUAUCAUGGUCGGACUCGAGGCGGUUUGUAGACGGCCAAAAUUUUGCGAGUUACAGCACAACAGUUGAGUUAAACGAAUAGUCGUUCACAGAUCACAAGCGUACAGCAACAGCACAGCAGUCAGUAGUGGUUACUGCCACCGGCUUGACGUGCGUGGCGUUUGUUGAAUAGUGUUUAUUCAUUCUUCGCUCUCCUUCGUCAGUUCGUCGAAAACUGCUGUCCUGUUUCGCGAUCGGUUGAGGAAUUUACGCAAACACAAUUACCUGUGUUAUGAUCAAUAAUGGAAUACAAUCGGCCAAAUAACUAAUGUAUAAUUUAAAAUAUAAUAUUAUUUUAAAAAUAUUAUGGCUGAACUUUUAAAAAUAAAAAGAAGAAAAAUGACUUCUAACACAGAUGGCGAGGAAAAUGAUGCUGUAACUAAUUUUCGGGAAUAUUUACGUAUUCCCACCGUUCACCCUGAUGUUGAUUAUAGUAAAUGUGUUGAAUUUCUAUUGCGUCAAGCACAAAGCUUAAAUCUUCCAUCAAAUAUUUAUUAUAUGGCCCCCGGCAAACCAAUAGUAGUUAUCACAUGGCUUGGACAAAAACCAGAACUUCCUUCUAUAUUACUUAAUUCUCAUACAGAUGUAGUUCCAGUAUAUCCUGAAUGUUGGACUUACGAUCCAUUUUCUGCUCAUAAAGAUAAAAACGGAAACAUUUACGCUAGAGGAGCACAAGAUAUGAAAUGCGUUGGAAUACAAUACAUAGAAACAAUACGAAAAUAUUUAAAAGAAAAAUUAGUUUUUGAUAGGACUAUCCAUUUGUCAUUUGUGCCUGAUGAAGAAAUAGGUGGACAUUUGGGAAUGAAAUUAUUUAUUAGGUCACCUGAAUUUGCAUCAUUAAAUGUUGGUUUUGCAUUAGAUGAAGGAUUGGCUAGUAACGAUGAUAGUUUCAGCAUAUACUAUGGGGAACGAACUCUAUGGCUUCUCCAAAUAAAAUGUCUUGGUACUCCUGGACAUGGUUCGAUAAUGCAUGAUAAUACAGCUGGAGAAAAGUUGCAUUAUAUCAUAAAUAAAUUUAUGAAUUGGAGAGAACACGAAAAAUUAAGAAUGAAGAAUUGUAAAUUGAAUGUUGGAGACGUUACAUCAAUAAAUUUAACAAUGGUAAAUGGAGGAUGUCAAGUAAAUGUAGUGCCACCAGAGUUGACAGUUUGUUUUGAUGUACGAUUGAGUAUUGCUGUAGAUGUUACGACAAUAGAAAACACUGUUAGAAAAUGGUGUGAGGAAGCCGGUGAAGGUGUAACUUUGGAGUUUAUCUCUAGAAGCCCAUGCGUUAAACCUACUUUACUUGAACCAACAAACCCGUGGUGGGUUACAUUUAAAAAUGAAUGUGAUAAAAUGAAUUUAAAAACAAAAACAUAUAUAUUUCCUGGUGCAACAGAUAGUAGAUAUAUUAGAGAGAUUGGUAUUCCAGCUUUAGGAUUUUCGCCAAUAAAUAAUACUCCUAUUCUUUUGCAUGAUCAUGAUGAGUUUUUGAAUGAGAAGACAUUCCUGGAUGGCAUAGAUAUUUAUUAUAACAUUAUUAAAAGUCUUGCAUCUGUUUGAAUUAUGGUUAUUUUAUUUAUCUUAGUAUGUUAAUUAAUUUUAGUGAUGAAAAAUUAUAAUAAUUGUUAUUAAUUCUAAGAAUGUUAUACUUGUAAUUUUACUUAGUAAUAAUAAAAAAAAAAACAAUAAACAAUAAAAGUUUA